AUGGUGAAGUUUCUCAAAACUAACAAGGCGGUGAUUCUCUUGCAAGGGCGCUAUGCCGGCAAAAAAGCCGUUAUAGUGAAAACCUUCGACGACGGCACCCGCGAGAAGCCUUACGGUCACUGUCUCGUUGCUGGAAUCAAGAAGUAUCCUAGUAAAGUGAUAAAAAAGGACUCGGCGAAGAAGACGGCGAAGAAAUCUAGGGUUAAGGCGUUUGUGAAGUUGGUGAAUUAUCAACAUCUGAUGCCUACUCGUUAUACUCUGGAUGUGGAUCUGAAGGAUGCCGUUGUUCCUGAUGUUCUUCAAUCGAAGGAUAAGAAGGUGACGGCGUUGAAGGAGACUAAGAAGCGGUUUGAAGAGAGGUUCAAAACCGGGAAGAACAGGUGGUUUUUCACCAAGCUUAGGUUUUGA